AUGUCCAAUGAAUCCUUGGAUAUAUGGAUCUUUCAAAGGCAACAAGAGCUCACUCUUGGAUGGCAAUCCAGAAGGAACAUUAUUCUGGAUAUAGCCAAGGGACUAACCUAUCUUCAUGAGGAAUGUAGGCAAAAGAUAUUUCACUUGGAUAUCAAAUCCCAAAACAUCCUCUUAGAUGAAGACUUCAAUGAGAAAAUGUCUGAUUUUGGAUUCUUUGGUGUCGUUGUCUUGGAAAUAUUGUGUGAGCGCAAAAAUCUGGAUAGAUCUCAGCUUAAGGAAGAUAUGCAUCUGCUAGAUUUGUUUAAGAGGAAAGCAGAAGAGGAACAACUUCUGGAUAUCAUUGAUAAAUAUAAUGAUGUCAUGCAAACACAUAGAGCAGAAGUUGUGGAGAUGAUGAUGGUUGCUGUGUGGUGUCUACAAAGUGAUUUUUCCAGGAAGCCUUCUGUGUCGGUGGUGAUUAAGGUCUUGAAGGGUUCUGUAGAUAUUCAAAUCAAUUUGGAUUAUAACUUCACAACUCCUGUGGCACCAAGACCAAUUACAGUUGCUGGUCACCAAGGGGAUGCCAUUGGUGCUGUUGCUUCUUUAUUUGCAUCAGCUUUAUCAAGACCAAGGCAGAUAAAGCAAACUCCAACGAGCAAAUUAAAACUGAUCAUUUAA